UUAGAACUGUCAACUUGUGUGAAUUUUUAGAGGGUCUUAACGACUUCAUUUGGGAAAACUUCCUUCAUGAGAGUUGUAGACCUUCAAGUCUAGAAAAUUCUCCAAGUGGUUUCGUGUCGAUCCGAUAUCUGUAGCUCCAGAUAUCCCCGUUUUAGUGAACGUAGUUCCGGCUGUACAGUGCCAGCGGGAUUAUUACAUUGUUUUUCUUCUAAGUCCGAAUUUAAUUAUGAAUUUACCUUUGAGGGCUUAGGUUUUAGUAAGUUUCAGGUCUGAUUAGGUAAUUAGACUGGUGGGUUAAGGUUGGACUUGGGUCGGGCUUGUGGAAAAACAAAACCCUAGCCCACUUGUGGGUUGCAUGUGAUUUUAGCCAAGGGGGGAAACCCUAUUCUUCCACAAUCAGAAAACAGAGAUACACUACAGCACCUUCACGUGAAAAACAAAGAGAGAACGUGUGAGAGAAGAGAAGGGAGCCGCCGCCCAAGCCACCACCAUUGUCGCCGGUCACGCGCGCGAGCAAGGGAGAGAGCGCGAAUAGAGAGAGUUUCGCGAAGGAGAAGGAAGGUGAAGGAGACUUGGACAGCAAGAGAUUGUUCUUCCAAACUUCAUUCUCUUCUCUUUUCAGAUCAAGAAUCAAGAUGGUCGUGAAGAUAAUGGCGAUGACUCAUUCUUGGGAGUUGAUGCUACGUGACGUGCCAAUACUGGAGGACGACUACACUUCAGAGGAAGAGGAAGAGGCUAAGGAAUAGGGUUUGGGUUGAGAGUCUUUUGUUUUCUGUUGGGGUUGAGAGUUUCCGAAGUGUUGGUAUCGAACAAUUUUAUUGCUUAAAUUCGAAUGAACAAGUUUUGAUGUAAUCUUUAUUUUCAUUCAGGCCCUUGUUUCGUACUCUUUACAGUUGGUUAUUUAAAAAGUUUUACGAAGUUGGUUACUUCCGCGUGUUUUUUGGAAAGGUUAUGUUUCAAGAGUUUUUGUAAAAUGAAAGGUUUGUCAUUAAUUGAAGAUUAAUAAGUGAAUCGACGAAAACUCUUUACGAAAAUUGGUUAAUUAGUUACUGUGUAACACUCGAGAAAUCGGGGCGUUACAUUGUGGUAUCAGAGCUGCGGUUGAGAAACCAGAGCACUAAGGGUUUUGGGCUUACGAGUUUCCGAACUCGUUGAUGUUUUGUUUUUUUUUUGAUAAAGAUGUUUUUGGAGCUUCGCGGUGAGAUUGGGUAGACUUGUGUGCUAAGAUGUAUGCGUGGCUGUGAUUGUCUGAAUAGUAUCAUUGCCGUGAUACUUGGGAUAGAUUACUUAUUGUAUACUUAGAUAUUUUUUUUUUUUGUUAAUUUGAGUGCACUGACAUUGAGUUGUGGUUCUAUUUCAAAGCAGGAUUUCCAUCAUGCCUCCGAGACAGGACCCAACCAAUGCUCAGCUUGCUCAAGCAAUGGCCCAGCUGGCUCAGGUGAUGACCCAGCAGGCUGCCACUGCUGCUGCUCAGGCCACGGCACAGCUUCAACGGGAAGCUGAAGAGAACACCCGGAGAGCUGAGGAGGAUGCCAGAAGGGCACAACGGGCUGAGAGGGAGCUGGCACAGGACCGGAUCCGCAUGAGAACUGAUUUCAAUCGUCAUGGACCACCUAAGUUCCAAGGCGAAGUGGAGCCCGAGAAAGCUGAUCUUUGGAUUCAGGAAAUGGAGAAAAUCUUUGAGGCUCUCCAUACACCUGACGUUGAGAAGGUAAAUCUGGCGACCUUUAUGCUGAAGGGUGACGCUGAGUACUGGUGGCGGAGCGCCAAACAGCUGAUGACUGCCAACAAUGUGGCCAUCACAUGGGAGUCCUUCAAAAGGGCUUUCAUGGAGAAGUACUUUCCGGAGACUGCCAGGGAAGACAUGGAGAAUCAAUUCCUCAACCUGAGACAGGGGCUAAUGACCGUGGGGGAAUAUGCUGCAAGACUGGAGACCCUGUCCAAACACUUUCGCUUUUUCCAAGUACGAGUGGAUGAAGCGUACCUAUGCAACCGAUUCAUGAGGGGUUUGAGGAAUGACAUUGAGGAGUCUGUGAGGCCAUUGGGAAUCAGAGUCUUCCAACAAUUGGUGGAGAAAGCUCGUGAAGUGGAGUCGAUGAAGAAUCGUCAGAGGGGCAAGUAUGACAGUGGAGGUCCGAUCCGUUCUGGUCAGAGGCCGACCGGACGGUUUGAGGGACAGAGACAAGCUGGUAGGUUUGACAGGGGCAAGGCUCCGAUGAGGAAACCUUACCAACGCCCUACUGAUAGGGUGCCUUUUGCUGGAAGGAAUGUGGUACGUGCUCCUAAGGACGAUGUCGUCUGUUACAAGUGCAACCAGAAGGGACACUAUUCAAAUGAAUGUGGGAAGGAGUAUGUGUGCUGGAAGUGCCAGAAACCAGGGCAUGUUGAGAGAGACUGUCCUGAUGCUGCUAAGGCCGAGCCAGUGCUGAAUGCUGCCAGGGGAAAGCGACCUUCUGCUCCAGGUCGUGUGUUUGCAAUGUCUGGGGAACAAGCUGCUGUGACUGAUGACCUUAUCCAGGGUACGUGUGUUAUCGCUGAAACUUCUUUAAUGGUGUUAUUUGACUCUGGUGCUACACACUCAUUCAUUGCUGAGGAGUGUGUGAAAAAGUUAGGAUUGCUAACUGCUGAUUUACCAUUCGAUUUGGUGGUGACGACCCCUGCCGCAGAUCGAUUAGUUACGCGCACGGCAUGCUUGCAAUGCCCGUUGAUUUAUGAGGAUCGGAAGUUCUUUGCGAACCUCGUCUGUUUGGGGCUUAAAGAGCUCGAUGUGAUUCUGGGGAUGGACUGGUUGGCACAAUAUUACGUUCUGUUGGAUUGUGCUAAUAAGGCCGUAGUAUUUCCGGAUUCUGGCGUUACGGAUUACUUGAAUUCGUACAACUUGGGAAAUGGUUCACCAGCAUUCGUAAACUCUAUCGUAGCUGAGGCGAAGAACGACGGCGACGUACGCAACAUUUUGGUGGUGUAA